GACAUGUCAAUACAAGAGAUUGGUAGCGGAGGAUCGUUCGUUGUUAAGAUAGCUGCUGUGUUCAAAGUGUCGAUACAGCCCUUAUCAAUAACAGAAACCAUUCAUUGUUGUUGCUGCUGUGUGACGAUUGGAUGAAACGAGCCAUAACAGAGAAACACGUACAAGAAGAAGGUAUCCAAAAUGCCUAAAGACGAAAAAGCACACACAUCUCCGUAUGUCUCCAUCAUAUCAGGCGGCGUUGCUGGCGGUAUCGAGGCCUUUUCGACAUAUCCAUUCGAAUUUACGAAGACCCGCGUGCAGCUUCAUCAAGAGAAAGGCAUAUCACAAAAACUCCCCAGAAAUCCAUACAAGAUAGCAUUCCAAUUAUAUCGAGAUGAGGGCCUGCGGGCUAUGUACAAGGGUUGUGGGUCCCUUGUUGUUGGCAGUAUCGCGAAGGAUGCUGUGCGCUUUCUAUCCUUCGACACGGUCAAGAACGCUUUCAAAGAUCCAGAGACAGGAACACUAUCACCACUGAGGAAUAUGCUUGGUGGCAUGGUAUCUGGUGUUGUUGCAUCAAUUUUUGCCGUUACGCCGACAGAGCGACUCAAAACCGCGCUCAUAGACGAUGCAAGAGGAGCGAAACGUUACAAGAAUGGCGUGCAUGCUAUCCAGUUAAUUAUCAAAGAAGACGGCCUUAAAGGGCUGUACCGUGGCUUUGUCGGAACUACAUUAAAGCAAGCUGGCGCAACAUCUUUCCGCAUGGGCAGUUACAAUAUCAUCAAAGAUUAUGAGCGAACGAAAGGCAUCACUCAGAAUACGGCAGUCAACUUCAUCAACGGAAGCAUAGCCGGUAUUAUAACCACAGUGUCAACUCAACCAUUCGACGUCAUCAAGACAAGAAGUCAGACUGCAAAGGUUACCACGACAAAGCAAGCCAUAGCAAGUGUGAUGAAGUACGACGGCAUCAAAGGAUUCUGGAGAGGGACAGUAAUGCGGCUAAGUCGGACUGUUUUCAGUGGUGGUAUCCUCUUUACAUCUGCGGAAGCUGUUGCUAAGAUUAUAGACCCCUUAUUCACACAGCAAACUGAAUUAGAUUAGAUGGAAUAGAUGGCUGCUCCGUAGAAUGAAGAGCAAUAUUUUAGACUUUCGAACGCUGUUGGAGAAAUGAGAUCGAAAGUCUAUUUUGUUUGGCUGGGAAGGAUGGUAAGACUCUCAUACUAGAAAAGAUGGCCGAGAGGUUGUGCUCAAUACAGGCGAGCGGAACCCUUACGAUGGUUGUCGUUCA